GGCCAGCAAUGCGUGCCUUUACCGGCUUCGCCCUCGUCCUCGCUGGGAUAUUCUCAAGCUCAUGGCAAGGAUCGAGUCCAGAGAGCAAUGAUGGGCCAUCUUGGAAUUUGGUACCAAUGUUCGGUGCCAUGGCCAGCUCUACUCCAGAAAUGACUGCUACGUACUUCAAAAACACGCCUGCGAAACUCUAUUAUUUCGAUGAUACUACAAGUGUAUUGUAUUUAGACUCGAUGGAAGGAAACGUCUGGCUUUCCGAAGAUGAAGGGAAAAUAUGGCGCUUGAUAAACGAUGUUCCGCGAGGAGAGGCUGUUCAACUCAUUGAGCAUCCUUUCGAUAAUCGAAUGAAAAGAAACAUUACAGGACUGAAGAUAGAGGACGAACUUGGCGAAGUUUCGAGAUGCCAUUACCACCUGCGUAUACUCCCAACCCUCUGGCCUUCCACGCGGAUACAGGCAGAUCGGGCUAUAUAUUAUAUCAAGGCGUCAAGUGCGAAAGGCAUACAAUAUUCGGACCAAGAGAAUGCAACCUACUACACGAAAGAUGCAUUCUCCGAUGAGCCCAAGCUCUUGGUAUCUCAAUCCUCCAAAUGUCUAUUUGCCCACUCCUCAAAAGACUUCCUACAUAAUGAGCACAAGGAUCUCAUAUUUUGUCUGGCAUUCGAAACCACAGCAGACGAAGCACCUUCACCCGAGUCGGCGCGGCUAAUCGCAUCUAACGACUUUUUCUCUGAAGAUCGCCGUAUCAUUGACUUUGGCGUCGGUACGCGGUUAUCGCGUGGCGCAAUAGCUAUGGGUGUCGUAUCGAAAUUCCUCGUCGUUGCCCUCCGGGACCUCUCAGAGGGAAAUAAUGGUGAGAUGGUUUUGUAUGUAACCAUCGAUGCGAAAAAUUGGGCCAAGGCACACUUCCCACAUAGCUCCAACUCAAAGCUUCACGAGAACUCGUACACUAUUGUCGAGAGCACUACUCACUCACUUGCGAUCGAUGUGCAGUCACAUGCAUCUCGCAAUAUUGGAACUUUAUUCGUUUCCAACUCGAAUGGGACUUUCUUCGUGGAAUCAAUGAGGAAUACCCAUCGUUCCGAUUCUGGCUAUGUGGAUUUCGAGAACCUGGUGAACAUUGAAGGUGUGGGCAUGGCAAAUUAUAUCGACAAUGCAGAAGAAAUCGAUAGAGGCUCAAGUGCGAGACUCAAACUGAAGUCUAAAAUAACAUACGAUGACGGAUCCUCCUGGGACUUUAUACAAGCGCCUUCCCGAGACAUGCACGACAAGCCAUUCAGUUGCGAUACCACCAAAGUCGCGAAAUGCUCACUGCAUUUACACUCUGUCUCGAACCCGCAUAACAUCGGUCGGGUCUUUUCUUCGACGGCGCCUGGAUUCGUGAUGGGUGUCGGCACUGUCUCAGAGUUCCUUGAUGAGUACGAAGAGAGUGAUACGUACCUUAGCACGGACGGUGGUCGAAACUGGAAACAAGUCCGCCACGGUGCUCAUAAAUAUGAAUUCGGUGAUCAGGGUAACAUUAUGGUGAUCAUAAAUGAUGAGAAAGCGGUGGAUCAUUUCCGAUAUUCCAUCGACUCUGAUUCUACCUCUCAAAAAUUCCUUCUAUUGGGGGCCCUGGACAGAAAGGAUCAGACAGAUUCCGGCAAAUUCGUGGUCGUACAUCUGGACUUUGCUGGCAUGCGAUCUCGUCAAUGUGGCGACGGAGACCUCGAAAAAUGGUAUGCUCGAGGAAAGAGUGGCCAUGAAUGUAUAAUGGGUCAUAAGGAUCCCGAAUCCCAUAGUGAAAACUGCGCCUGUACAGAUGCAGAUUAUGAAUGGACGGCAAGUGUGAACCUGCUGGCCCAGAGCCCAUCCCAGCUGGGACCUGCGUUGGUGAUGGACCAAAUCAAACAUAUAUGGGAUCCUCGGGAUAUUGCCUCAUACCUGGAAACACCUGUAACAAAGAAGGUGGCGUUCGUAAAGACGACCCAGUAUCCAAAAAUUGUGACAAAGGUGUGUAUCAGCCAUCUACACACCGUCCAUUGUGAAUCACUGACACCUCUCGAAGCCGAACCUCCAGAAGGCGAGGUCGUUCACCAAACUACGGUCUUGGUGCAACUGUAUGAUGGCUCAAUUUGGCAAAGUAGCAAUGAAGGAUAUACUUGGAAACAAUUAUACCCUGAAGAAAAGCUUCUUACGUUCUAUAUGCACACGUAUUCGGAUGAUAGAGCCUAUCUGUUCACAGGAACCAAAACAUACUAUUAUACCACCGACGGAGGUCGUUCCUGGAAUAUCCAAGAGGCGCCGCUCCCACCAAACUUGCAAG